UUAUUUAAUCAUAAAAUGACAAUUGUAAUGGUACCAAUGUGUCAGCCAAAACUACUCUAUGGCAGAAAUUAUAUCAAGGAAGAUAGAAAUUCGGCCUUCACUUGCUUAAUUUUUUCUCCAAAAGAAGAAGAUGAAGUUGGAUCGCUGGGAAAAUAUCUUCAGCUUUUCGUCAAACACAAAGUGAAUCUAUUGCAUAUUGAGUCCAGAAGUUCUCUUCGACGACCAAACAACUAUGAAUUUAUGGUAGACUGUGCACCGAGUGGUAAUAUAGCUUCUGUAAUUGAAGCUUUACAAGAUCAAUGCAGCUAUUUUUCGAUAAUCUCUAGUGAUCACAAAGAUAAUAUGAAUACUGUACCAUGGUUCCCAAGGAGAAUACGCGAUCUCGAUAAGUUUGCUAAUCAAAUUUUAUCUUACGGUGCCGAACUUGACAGCGAUCAUCCUGGUUUUACGGAUCCUGUAUAUAGAAAAAGAAGAAAAUUUUUCGCAGACAUUGCUUAUCAUUACAAACACGGACAACCUAUUCCAAAAGUGGAAUACACGCCCGAAGAAAUAGCUACGUGGGGCGUAAUCUUCAAAAAUUUGACUAAGCUUUAUCCAAAGUACGCAUGCAGAGAACAUAAUCAUGUUUUUCCACUACUUAUCGAAAACUGUGGCUAUCGAGAAGACAAUAUACCCCAAUUGGAAGAUAUAUCCAACUUCUUGAAAGAUUCUACGGGCUUUACACUUCGCCCAGUGGCGGGAUUAUUAUCUUCACGUGAUUUUCUGGCUGGAUUAGCCUUCAGAGUGUUUCAUAGCACGCAAUACAUACGACAUAGCAGUAAACCACUUUACACACCGGAACCGGACGUAUGCCAUGAGAUUUUGGGCCAUGUACCACUCUUAGCUGAUCCAUCUUUUGCACAGUUUUCACAAGUUAUCGGUUUAGCGUCCCUUGGUGCUCCAGAUGAAUAUAUAGAGAAACUUGCAACGUGUUUCUGGUUUACGGUAGAAUACGGAAUAUGUCGACAAAAUGGAGAAUUAAAGGCAUAUGGUGCCGGUUUACUCUCAUCUUUUGGCGAAUUGGAAUAUUGUUUGAGCGGCAAGUCAGAACUUCGACCUUUUGAUCCACCGAAGACUUCAUUACAAAAAUAUCCGAUAACAGAAUAUCAACCAGUAUAUUUUGUUGCCGAAGACUUCGAUGAUGCCAAGCAAAAGAUGAUAAAAUUUGCUCAAAAUAUACCAAGGAAAUUCGGAGUGAGAUAUGAUGCUUAUACACAGAGUAUCAGCAUUAUUGACAGUAAACAACAAGUGGAAGCUCUUGUAAAUAAUGUAAAUCAAGAAUUACAAAUUUUAACGGAUGCGUUAAAAAAACUACACCAUUAAUUU